UGGGGUGUGGCAAUAAAAAGAUUGAGCUUUGUAAUAGAAUAGAAUAUCUAUAAAGUUCCAAUUUUUAUUCUUUAUUCAAAGAAGAAGAAGAAGAAGAAGGAAAAUCUUCUCUUCAUCUCCAGACUCCAGCAAUCUUAUAAUAAAGGAGUGAAGAGAUGGAGAUCGACAAAGCGAUCGGAGAAAGCGACGAUACGAGGUUGAAGACCAAGUACAACAACGCCAUCUUCGUCAUCAGAAGAGCUCUUUCUCUUUACUCUAUUGAAGAGGUCGCCUUUAGUUUCAAUGGAGGAAAAGAUUCCACUGUGUUACUGCACCUUCUUAGAGCCGGCUACUUUUUGCAUAAGAAAGAGCUGAGUUGUUCUAAUGGAGGCCUAUCAAGUUUUCCAGUCCGGACCAUAUACUUUGAAAGCCCUUCUGCCUUCACUGAAAUCAAUGCUUUCACAUAUGAUGCAGCUCAAACUUACGGUAUCCAGCUUGACAUCAUUCGCCAGGAUUUCAAAUCCGGGUUGGAGGCAUUGUUAAAAGCUAAUCCUAUCAGAGCAAUCUUUCUUGGCGUCCGUAUUGGUGAUCCUACUGCAGUUGGUCAAGAGCAAUUUUCUCCAAGUUCCCCUGGAUGGCCGCCCUUUAUGAGGGUGAAUCCUAUUUUGGAUUGGUCAUAUAGAGAUGUUUGGGCAUUUCUCCUAACUUGCAAGGUCAAGUAUUGCAGUCUUUAUGACCAGGGAUAUACAUCAAUUGGGAGUAUUCAUGAUACUGUCCCCAACGCGUUAUUGUCUGUCAACGACACCAGCAGUAAAGAGAAAUUCAAACCUGCUUAUUUGCUUUCUGAUGGGAGGUUAGAGAGGGCAGGCAGAGUCAAGAAAAAUGCUUCAACCAAGAACGACGUAGGUAGUGAUUCACAAAAACAUGAGGUGCUUUUGGCCUCAGUCAUUGCUGUUGGCGAUGAGAUUCUGUCUGGCACUGUUGAAGAUCAGUUAGGACUGUCUCUGUGUAAAAAGCUGACUUCUGUUGGUUGGUCGGUGCAACAAACUUCUGUUCUUCGGAAUGAUAUUGAUUCUGUAUCCGAGGAAGUUGAUCGCCAAAGGUCUAUCUGUGAUAUGGUAUUUAUUUAUGGAGGAGUUGGCCCUUUGCAUUCAGAUGUUACUCUGGCUGGUGUUGCUAAGGCAUUUGGGGUUCGCCUGGCACCUGAUGAAGAGUUUGAGGAAUAUCUUAGGCAUCUAAUCAGCGAGCACUGCACGGGAGACAGGAAUGAAGUGAGUUUUGUCUUGAGAAUAACCUUUUUAAUAUAUUUAUAUAUCUUGAGUCAAAAUAGCUAUAAGUUGCUUUUGUCUUUUCAGAUGGCUCAGCUACCGGAAGGAAUUACUGAACUACUGCAUCAUGAAAAGCUUUCGGUACCAUUGAUAAAGUGCCGCAAUGUGAUUGUUCUUGCUGCUACAAACACCGAGGAGCUCGAGAAGGAGUGGGAAUGUCUGACCGAGCUAACUAAACUGGGUGGAAGUACAUCACUCCUGGAGCUAUACGCGUCAAGGCGCUUGAUGACAUCUUUGACAGAUGUUGAAGUUGCAGAACCUCUGUCCAAACUUGGGCUCGAGUUCCCGGACAUAUACCUUGGGUGUUACAGGAAAUCCAGACAAGGUCCUAUCAUCAUCUGCUUGAAGGGAAAGGAUAAUGCACGGAUUGACUCAGCCGUACAGGCUCUACGCAAGAAGUUCAAGGAAGGUGUAUUCGUAGACAUGAAAUAGAUACAGGUUUAGUUUACCGGUCGAGCUUAAGAGGUGGCUUCUAUGUAACGGUCGUAGACGCUGAGAUGAAGUAAACCGGGGAGAACCUUUAAACUGAAUGUCUUUAUCAACUUUUAUUAUUACGGAAUUUGUAGGAAAGUAGCCCAAAAGGGUUUUGCUUUUUAUCCGUUGUUAUGAUUCAUGAACGGUUUAAUAAAGAUGAUGGUUUAUGUUGCAUGCUA